GCCGGCCUGUGGGGAGAGCGCGGGUCCUGUCUCCGCUCUGCAUCCCUCUUCCCGGGCGGCGGUCCAGCCCGGUUUCCAUCUGGGCCAAAUAUGUGCACGCAAAGGUUAAUUCUCUGCCUGCUACCCAUAAAUUACGCAUGACAUGUUUAGCUGGGCUGCCUUAUAUGGAGAGUGCUGUGUUUCAGUCCAGUUUGUUUUUUGCCAAGUUUGCAGGGCGGAAGACGCCCUGCAUGAGAAGGCUGCUGCUGCUGCUUUUCCUUCUUCUGCUUCUUCUUCUUCUUUUUUUCAUCGUUUUGUAGUGCGUCACUCAAAAACUGUAAGAAAAGGUCGUUGCUCCAGGGAGAACUGCAAGUAUCUUCACCCACCCCCACACUUAAAAACACAGUUGGAGAUCAAUGGGCGCAAUAACUUGAUUCAGCAGAAGAACAUGGCCAUGCUGGCCCAGCAGAUGCAACUAGCCAACGCCAUGAUGCCCGGCACCCCGCUGCAGCCCGUGCCAAUGUUUUCAGUUGCACCAAGCUUAGCCACCAAUGCAUCAGCAGCCUUUAAUCCCUACCUGGGACCUGUCUCCCCCAGCCUGGUUCCAGCAGAGAUCUUGCCCACGGCACCCAUGUUGGUUACAGGGAAUCCCGGAGUGCCCGUGCCUGCGGCUGCCGCUGCUGCUGCCCAAAAACUGAUGCGCACAGACAGACUGGAGGUAUGUCGAGAGUACCAGCGUGGCAACUGCAACCGAGGAGAGAAUGAUUGCCGGUUUGCCCACCCUGCUGACAGUACGAUGAUUGACACCAACGACAACACAGUCACCGUCUGUAUGGAUUACAUCAAAGGGAGAUGCUCUCGGGAAAAGUGCAAAUACUUUCACCCUCCUGCACAUCUGCAAGCCAAGAUCAAGGCUGCCCAAUACCAGGUCAACCAGGCUGCAGCAGCACAGGCUGCAGCAACCGCAGCUGCCAUGACUCAGUCGGCUGUCAAAUCACUGAAGCGACCCCUCGAGGCAACCUUUGACCUGGGAAUUCCUCAAGCUGUACUUCCCCCAUUACCAAAGAGGCCUGCUCUUGAAAAAACCAACGGUGCCACCGCAGUCUUUAACACUGGCAUUUUCCAGUACCAACAGGCUCUGGCCAACAUGCAGUUACAGCAGCACACGGCGUUCCUCCCACCAGCUAUCUUAUGAUUCUUUUCAGCUGUAAGACCCCUUUGCCUUCAUGAUUACAUAGGAGUUCAUUUGAAUUAUGUGAAAUGACUCAAAUAUGAUCAUUUUUCAGCAUUUUUGUUUUCAAAGUGGGCAAUAAAAAACCAAUUAUCAUUCCAGAGCUCUGAAAACAUGCUUUUCUUAGUAGCAAUUAAUACGUUGCUCAAAAUUAUUAUUGCUCAUACACUAUCAUGGAAAAAAUAGCUCUAAGUGACAAUGAUGUUUGCAUUUAUUAUUGAGGUAUAGAUCUGUGAUUCCAGUUCACAUUCCACUUUGCUCACACAUACAUACUCUACAGUUAUUCACAGGACCAAGGGUUAAAAACACAAGCUGACAACUCAUUUACACUCGGGGAACUUUGCUGCUUUUACACACUUAGGGUUUAUUUCAGAAAAUCCAUGCUAAACUUAGUAAUCUGCAAGUUAACAGCCAGGCACUCUACAUCUCAUCUUUCUCUCCACUUUUUAACCUUCCUUAAAAAAAAAAAAAAAAAAAAAACCAUCAGUGUAGAAUUUUAUUUAUUCAAUAAAAUAAUUUUACUAAUUAAAUUAGUAACUAGGUGUUAAUGUCAAAGAUCCAGUCCCUUAUGCCAUAUUGACAGUGCAUUUGGUUUCUAAUACUAUGAGAGAAUGUGAAAUUUGUUUUUAAUUUGUGAAUAAAAGAAUAUACUCAGAUUAUUUUUUCUGGUUAGUGCAACUUUUACAUAGUGCAUCUUUGAAAACUGGCUGUCCAUAUGUAGUAGAGUCAGCUAACUAGAAUAUCAUGUUCCCUGCACAAUGGACAAAAUGAUCAUUAUACUCAUGAAAUAACAUCUAUCCAGUUGCAGUUUGUCCCUGUUAAAUAAAAAAGGAAACAAUUUUGGUUUAUGGCAUAUUUGUUGCAUUCUGAGGGAAAAUUCAUGUUUUAUACCUUUGUUCCCAACAUAUGUUUUUUGGAAACCUCCAUAAAUUAAUCUUUUUGCUUUUUUGUUAAGUUCUCCUGUCCCUAGAUUUUUGCUGUUUCCAACAAACAAUCCAUCAAAUUUUGUAUACUCAGAUCACUCAACAAAGUUUGAAGGAAUUAUAGGUGACUAUCAUAAUUUCUUUGAAGAAAUUUUAAAAUUUAUUUUUGUCAGUUUACUUCACUGAAUAAAACAUUGUCAUUAGAAAUGACAGUUUCCCUAUUUAAAAUCUAAAAAUAAAAACAAAUUUAUCUUCCUCCAUAUGCUAUCUAAAGGAAAUGGAAAUAACCCAUCUCAUCAAACGAGUUUUGCAUUUGUUUCUGCAACGAUAUUCAGUUGACUGUACUCUUUCCUAAGUGUAGCCAUUGGUCUUAUAAUAUGUAUGACCCUUAUUUAUGACCUGAGUGUCUCCCUGACAGUUUUUAGCCUGUGGACAGAGCGUGGUAAGGUACAGAUGGAUGUUAGGAAAGAGUCAAGUGAGGGAAAACAGCAAACACAUUCAUAAGUCAGAUUCAAUUGUCCCUCUGUUCCUGAAAGUUAAGCAUUGCUAAUUUAAAUAAAAUUUGCUACAGUAUCUUGAAAAAUUAAGAUGGAUUUGCAUUUUUCAUUUAUGAUACAUUUUGUAAAGAGAUAGUCUGUUCUGGAUAUAUGUAGUUAAAUGUUGUAAUUAAUAUAAAACUAUUUCCAGAGUCAUAUUAAAUAACUUUUAGUUGCAAUCUAGUUUUAAAGUGUUAAGGCUUCAGGUUAACCUAUUUAUUAGUCUCGUAACCAGAAGCAGGUAACUGCCUUGUGAGUCUUUAAAAAUACUAUCAUCAUUAUCUGUGUGCCUGAGUGCCCAGAGAGCAGCCCUAAGACAUGAGGACUUUAAAAUGGACAGUGCAGCCCUACUUCUGCCAGAGCACCGUGCUGGCCCAUCAGAAAGGACAGCGUAACCCGGAACCAGGAGGGCAGCAGCAGGAGUGGAGGGGCACAGGGAGCCGUGGGGUCUGGGAGGCGCCCAAGAGCACAGGCCAGUCUCAGGAUGGUCAGUGUUCACACAGCCCUGUGGCCUGGAGGAAGUUCUGCUGGCAGGUGGCACCUGUGUGCAUGGCAGACCCCCUGUGUCUCCAUUGACAUCCUAGUGUAUACCACAGGGAGAGGUGGGUAGCCAGGUCUGCGCCCCCUAGGGUUGGCCAGAUGCACACACCCACCCAAGAGUUGUGCCCUUAUGUGCAGUGUUGCCAGAUCUAGUGAUUUUCCCCCAGCGAUUCUGGACGUUAGUGUGUUCAUAUAUGAAAAUUUUAGAAACAUUUUGACAACUAAUUCAAUUAUAAAAACACCUCUGAGAACUAAAGGAAAUCCUCCUACCAUGGAUUCAUAGGUGAUCUCAUGUGUAAUAACUGGGAGUAAAUGAGUGAGUUCAUUUUCCAAAAUCUUAAGUUAAUCUGUAUGCAAAUAGUCCAGAAGCAGCACAGAGCUGAGUAGACUUCUGACCGCUGUGUAGCAACUGGGAAGGGUCCUCCCAAGGUGUUGUUGAGACUGGGAAGAAAAAGGAAGUCAUUUAUUUUUUGCAUCUCAGAUUUUUAAAAGUCUGUAGUCUGUUGAAUCGAUUUUCUACAGAGAUAUGUAAGCAUAUUUCAUCCGAGUCACAGUGACACAUGGUUGCUAAAUCCUUAGGGCAGCUGACUAUAUACAUGGAGAAGGAUGCUGGCAAAACAGACAGGGCUCAGAGCUGGGGUUAUAGCUCAGUGGUGGAGCGCUUGCCUAGCAUGGGAGGCACUGGGUUCUAUCCUUGGCACCACAUAAAAAAAUAAAGUGAUUGUGUCCGUCUACAACUAAACUAUUAAAAGUAAAAAAAAAAAAAAAAAAAUCAGGGUUCAAUGGCAACCCAGCCGAUUGGCUAAGAAAAAUUGCUAGAUUCAAUGACUUUAAGAACAGACUUGUCCUACGUGGUGUCCACCCACUGCACACACAAGUCCUGUGUGUCCCCCAGCACUCCUUCAGUCCUUAGCUCCCUCUUCCCUUUCCUCUCUUUGGCCUCCCCUCCCAUCACCUUUCCCUCUUCCAUCCAUCCAUCCAUUCUUCCAUUCAUUCAGUCAGCAGACACCCGUCUUACGCCACACUUUGUGUCCACGUUUACCCCAGGGAUUGCAAACUCAGUUCUCAGGGACACGCUAGGAUCCAGAAAUGUUUAAAGAAAGUUUAAAUGUGCAUUCUAUAGGCAAGGCACAGACACCCCAGCUAGAAGCCCGCUCUCCUCUGUCCUCAGACCUAGCUGUUUCUUACUUUUGUUCCAGGGCUCUCCAAUCUAGUGGUCACGCCUCACACCGAGUCACUUGUGUUCCAUGAUCUCGUUUUCCCCUCUAGCAAUAUCAAAAGGUUGUCUUAACACUCCAGUUUUAGCAGUGAGCAGUCUGGGACCAACAAAGGCCCAGCAGUUUGCCUACAAGUUAAAUGAUUUACAAGGUUUAGCUAGAACUUGAACUCAGGCCAGGGGACGUGGGUUAGUCUCUGUAUCUGUGAGCUUAUGACGAAAAUAUCAACACAAUGACUCAGGAGAAUGGAACCAGCCCUUACUGAUCACCUAACUCCCUGAAUAAUGUCUCAUGCCCUCCAUUUUAUUUAAAGACAAAUAUUAGAUGAAAUUCACAUUGAAUUUUUUUUUCGAUUUUAGGUAUAUACUGCUCUUUUUAAAACUUUAUCACUCUUCAGGACUAAAUUGAUUAUUGAUGCAGAUUAUGCAUAAUCCAGGGCCUUCUUAGGAUGUAGGUAUGAAUUUAAUUUCACCCUGUAAUGAGAGUAUGUCAGAAAUAUCAUUUUAUUUACAUUGUUUCUUUUUCUUGAAUUUAAAUUAAGCACAACUCUAAACUCCAAGUUUCCUUCCUGGGAGAUAAGAGGCAUUACAGGCCUCCUCCUUCUGACAUCCUCCUCCCUCCUGAUCCCACCUUAGGGUGAGGCCUGUGCAGCCCAUGAUCUCAGCUGACUCUCCCUUCUCCAUUCUCCAGCCACCAGGGCUCAUUGGUGAUGCAAUCAUUGCAAGCCGCCAGAGCUCUGUAAGACAGGUCCCUGGGGCUCUGAACCUGCAUAGGUAGGAGCACCCCUGCCCUCAAGGUCCUGCUCCUGUGGGCCAUUGUGAAAGCAUGGGCUUCCUGAACACCUGCAUAGCUGCUACUGGCCUCCGCAGGGCCUUGAGGACCUUUCCGCUGGUCCUCCAUUGCCAUAUCUGCCUGCCUGAAGCACAUCUGUCCUCUCCCUCCCCAGCAUACCUCCUUCAGUCCGUGUGGGCUUUGGCUUAUAUACAACUACCAGAAAAAAGGGACUGAAGGCCAGGAGACUUCUUCAGGUGUUGGGGGUGCAGGGUGGGGUGGGGGGACAUAGAAGACAAAAGAUAUCCAGCUUGUCACUUUUAUUACGAUCAGUGAAUGUAAAUAUAAUAAUUUAUACUUACAUAAUUACAUAUCAAUAAAAGUUUAUAAUAAAAAUAAGAAAGUGCCACUUAUUUGGGAUAUCAGUUUUGAUAAUUCAGUUGUGACUUUACUCCUAAAAUGAUAGACAUUAAUUUUAGAAGAUUUAAAAUCACUUUUAAUUCUUAUAAUAAACCUAAAGAGACUUGAAUUAUCGCAUGGAAAUUUCAACUUCCCAACCAAGCCUUAUUACGAUUCUUUUUCUCUCUUCUACUUCUUUCCUUUCUCCUUAACAUAGUUUUAAAUGUGCAUACAUUUCAUUUUAAAUUAGCUUGCUCUUGUUUUUCCUGCAUCUUCACACAGAUGAAUUAAAAAUUUAAUUAAAAACACCGUGUAACUAAAACAGCACAUUCCACAGAAACACACCAUUCUGUUGUGCACAUAUCUUUGUAGGGGAAAUUGGAAAUUGACAAAUACAUUCACUUAAAUUUUGCCUUGUACUGAAAACUGAGGAAAAAUUUAAAUUGGCUCUUUGUGCCUCUUUAUUAGUAAAUGAAACCAUUUGAAGUAAAGUUGGAUAUUAUAGUCAUUUCACAAGUGCUUUUUGCUCAUGGUAAGAGGGUCCUACAGCAUUAUGUCUCUGUAUCUGUGAGUUUCUGCACCUGGCUAGUAUUUUCAUUGCUGCCUGAUGUUUAUUUGCCGCAAAUCCCUCUCAGAACUGUGUGCACUGGUUAUGAUGGUAAUGAGGAAGAUAAGUCAAACCGAAGCUGAACUCAUAAAAGCUCUAGGGCUCUAGAGAGAUGGCGUAAGGUAACCUUCUUUCAACAUGUGUAGGCUUAAUCACAGGGGCUGGAGCACCGUGGUCAGACUGCAGCAUAAUGUCAAACAGUCAAUUUAGAACCAACAGCCUGCGCAGGACCUAAACUGGCUUUAGGAUUCCUUAAAAUACCACCUUACUCUUCAGCUUUUCUUUCCCAGUCCUCUUGCCCUACCAUUAGGGGGAGAUGGUUCACAAAAGCUAGACCCAGUAUUCAAUUUUGCUUGCUCUUCUGUCUCAAAUUAACUUCUGUAUAAUUAUUGGCUUGUUUCUGUUGUCUUUCACAAGUCUUUAUUCAGUAGUAGUAGUAAAUGACAGAGAUAGUUCAGUGUCUUAAAUAACACCUGUCAAUACCACAUGACUCCUCCUGAAGGGUGCCUCCCUAGACCCUCCUGAGGUUGAUCACUGAUCUUGUGGCCACAUUCUAACUGUGAACACAGACUAAUUGGCAGCUGGGACAGGGGUUCCAACUAAGUAGUCCCAGCCUCAGCUGAGUCCUCAGUGGCAGCUUUGUUUUGUAAGGCCACCUCUCACAAGACUCAAUUGGCAGAUUUUUUUUUUCCUAACAAAUGUUCAUCCCAGAUGCUGCUAGUAUUUAAAAAGGAUGUGCCAAGAUUUAGAUAGAAAUAUAAAAUCAUUUGAUAUUUUGAAACCUAGAAGUCUAAAAUAAUCUCUAGAAAGAACAGUAGAUCUCCAUAUGGGAAAGUGCCCUGUUCUUGGUAAAAAUAAAUAGAUUUCCAAUAUUUCUAUGUCAGAAAGAACAGGAGCUAUGUGUGGAACAUUUAUUUUUACUUAUCAUGGUCAAACAAUUGUGAACAUUGAUGCUAACGCUCCGUAUGUGAUACGUGCAUCUUCAUUAUUUCCCACUCAGGGAUUUUAUUGAAGUCUAAUUAGCAAUUUCUUAUGUGUGAAAUUUUGUAAAACAUUGGCUACUCCAGGAAUCUUGAGGCUCUAAACCAGCAAUGAAAACCAGCUUCUUUUCCCUACCAAGUAAACCCACUGGAGACUUAACGUCUGUUCCUCCUUUAGUGCUUUUUCUUCGUUUUAAUUCCAAAGUAAGGCAAUAAAGAAGUCUCACUUUCUUUUUAUGUAUAGUUGAUUGCUUGAUUUCCCUCCAAAUAAAAUUCCUGUAUGGAUGCCCCCAGCCCCUUUGUGUCUGUGUGGUUGGUGCUGCAAUGAACAGAGGAAUAAAGCUCAGGGAAUUUAAAUAAAUGUUUUGGUCUUGUCACAUUGUUAAGUCAGUAUUUUGUGCAUUGAUAUUUAGCAUUUUAAUAAUAAAUAAUAUCUCAAAUUAUUUAGCAUGUGUUCAAUCUAAAGAAAACGUUAAUACAUUCAUGUGUCAAAGUCAGAAAUAGCAAACAGCCAGAUGGCUAGGAACCAGAUUAAAAAAAAAAAAAAGCCAA